CGCGUGGAGAGGCGUGCCUCAGAUUGCGCUCAAAUUUGAGUCGGUGCAUCAGUGACGAGCACAUUUCAGUUUGAAUCUGCUCGAAACUGGAUCCCUGGAGGGGGUUUGGACCAACUCAAAGGCACGGAUGAGCGGACAUAGACCGUAUUUCAACUUGAAAAGGGAAGUGUGCCACAUUGAUUGGAGCGUUCUGCUGCGCGCACGCCCCGAGGAGGACGCAGCUGAUGGGUUCAGGCAGCCUUGUUCUAAAAGAUUAUUUUAUCUGAUCUUAGAUGUAGAAAAAAUAUAUAAUCUGACUCUCGGAAUCUGUAAUUUAAACAAAAAACCUGUGCGUUCUGAGAGACUUCCCAUCAGCAGCCGCGCGUACUCAUUGGAUGUGGACCUGUCACAGUCCGGUUUUGAACGGACUGGUAGGUCUGGACCCAGUUGGAGGAGUAUAAAGUUGCUUAUCAGCAGAAGUCUCGGUGCUGCAUCGACUCUUUCCAAUUCCAGCAAUGACCACCGAGAGCAACGAGAUCAUGGAGAGCGACUCCCAGCUCCAGCGCUCCCCGAGCAACGUCCCCUUGCAGCCGGUCACAUCCAAGCUGCAGAGACUCAAGCGCUCGCUUUCCUUCAAGACCAUGAUGCGCAGUAAAAGCGUGGAGAACUUUUUCCAGAGGUCCUACAGUGAUGCUCGCCUCCCGCCGGACUUCAUCACAGACCCGCCGCCGCCGUCUCCCCCUCUGAUGCCCGGCUCCCCUCUCGUUGGCGAGCGCUCACCCUCUAUUUCCCCAUCUCUUAGCCCCAACCCCUCCAUCUCUUCCCACUCUCCGUCUCUUAGCCUUUCUCCAUCGUUACCCGCCAAGCCCUACCGACCGCAGAUUAACCACUGCUUCCAGGACCAUGUCUUUCGAAAGCCCACCAACUGCCAGCACUGCAAGCAAAUGAUAGUGGGAAACUCCAAACAAGCUUUGCGGUGUAAAACCUGCAAGAUGGCUGCUCACCUGUGGUGCACCUCUGAACUAUCACAGCAGCCGUGUCACGGGAAGUCCGGAGCAUUCAAGCGAAACUUCAGCUCGCCCAUGCUCGUCAACGACCAAUUGUCUGUCGUGAAGGAAGUUCUGCCGAGCCAAGAGACUGCACGGAUGCGUGUAGAUCCCGUUUAUGCCGCCUUGCGCUAUGGGACGUCCUUGGCACAGAUGAGCCGCUCCAGUUUUGGCAGUCUGUCAGAAUCGCCAACACGCAGUUUGGGGGAGGGAGGUGAGGAGAGGCAGCAGAGGCAGUGCAGCAUGGAGGAGGAGAUAACUCUGGAGACAGGGGACACUCUGGUCGCUGACGAGGAGAUGGAAAAGGAGGUGGACGAGAGCAGCGAGCAGGCGCAGGUUCUUUCAGAGGACAGCAGUGCAAAGAUACCAAAGCGCAUUGAAGUCCACUCUAUCCACACCUAUGUCGCGCUCUACAAGUUCCUCCCGCAGGAGCAGAACGACCUGGAACUUCAUCCCGGAGAUCGGGUUCAGGUCAUAGACGACUCUAAUGAGGAGUGGUGGAAGGGUAAAAGUGGAGACAAGAUCGGCUUUUUUCCCUCCAACUUUGUGCAAAGAGUUCGUCCAGGAGAACGCGUGUGGCGAGUCGUUCAAGGAACAUCUGGGAACCGAGAGAGAGGCCACAUGGCAGUGAGAGAGUCACAGAUCUGUGUUGGUAAGAGAGAUGACGGCGAGGUGUUUGUGAAGCUGAGCAGUGGGAAGAAGAGAGGCUUGGUCCCCGCUGACUCCAUAGAGGAGAUCUGAACCUUGUUUGUGGACGUCCAACCCUCCUCCUCCUCUACAUCCAGCUGGGUUUUCCUGAUAUUCAGCCCUGCCCUCCAUCCACCCUCUGGAGAACUAGCAGCCUCCUCCUUCAAACCUAAUAGAAAAUAUGCACUUCUGCAAACAUCUGGAAUGCUGAUAUUUGCAAGACUGCAAGCCUUUGAUGAAGCUAUGCAGUCUCCAAACUUCUACAAAAUGAACUUCUAUUCAAUUUUUAAGUGUUGCUUUUUACAUGUGUCUGUUGAAAGUCAGCAGUGAUGCUUUGACAAAGGUCUAAAAAAGGCUUUGGAUGUUUCUUUACAAGCGUGGGAAGAGACUGAAGCUGUCAUGGGAAGAUCAUGCUGGUGUGCCAGUAUCCAGUUUUUUUCCUUCCCCGCAUGAAUCUCAUCUGCGUCAAUUCUUUGUAGGAUUUUUGCCCUAGGGACCGAUAUGAGCUUUUGGUACAGCUACGCAAUAAGAGACUCAUGCCAAAAGCAACCACUGCCAUCAAUGGAAGCUAAACUGCCACUCGGAGACGGAGGACUUUCAGAUGACAACAGAAUAGGAGUAAACCUAGAGACUUUCAAACUUGCACAUCACCUUGUUUGUAGGUGUAAAGUAUCGGUUUAAAUUGGCCUCAAAAUGCUAUGAUUUUUUAUCUCUUUUCCAGGCCUCACAGAAAGACUCCAAAAUGCUUCAAGGAAAUGUUUAUUUUCCAUUUCUUUGCAGAAUAAUUAAUUAAGGAUGCUUGAGACAAGACUGAACAACCCUCUGGGUCUUAGUAGUGACGGUCUUGAGUCUAAAUCAUCUAUCGCUAGAUCAUCACACAUAGACGAUGUGGAAAGAAUUCAGUCUUUCCAGUCAAGCAAGAAAAAUGUGUUGUCAAGCGUUGCAAGUGGCCAAAGCCUCUUGUUUUUGUGCUAUUUUCCAUGAUGGAGCUCGCAGGUCGGUGUCUGCUGAGGCCCGCCGAGAGAGCAGCGAGUGCUGCCUGGCAUUUAAACGUGUGCGUUCAUGUUCAAACAGCAGGAAGUAAACUGCAGCCAGUCUGCCUGAAAAACAACAGCACAAAGGGGACGUUUCGGACCACAACGUCGAAAUCUAAGUUCCCCUGUAAGUUUGUAGGAUGCAGAGAAAACACAAAGAGAAGGCAAUACAGUGAAAAGGAAGACUCGAACCAUUAUGAGUCAGCACGCUUUCAGGUAGGCUGGUCCCCAUGAGCACACAAGUCAUCAUUGAUCAAAAGUCAGCCUGUCAUCUUCCACGCCCUCCCUGGCCUCUCCUGUCCUCUUGUUAUUGAUGUGACUUGUCAGUUCUGACUUUAAUUUGAACACAUUUCUUUGCUUGAAUGCAAGUUCACUCCUGGGUAGUUUAGAAAAGAGAAAAGAACAAAGAAAACGACUUGGAGCAGAAGAUUCAACAUAAAUGAGGAAUUGUGAACAACGUUUUUUUUCUGUUUGUCAGAAUUCAAAUGUACAGUAGCUGACUUUUAUUCUUUGUGAAAAAAAAAACAUUGUUUUAGUUUGUCAAAACAAAAGUAGCACUUUAUGUUCAUGAGCUGUGUUUUACUAUGACGUAUCUUUAAGUUAAAUGUCAGCAAACAAAAUAAUAAAUGCAGUUUGUCUUCAUCCUCAAGCUCUUUGGUGGAUGAGGUUUGCAUCAGCAGGCGAGAAAGAAAAAUUAACAAUAAAAGAAUAAUAGAAAAACUGGA